UUAACUAUCUCGUUUUAAAAGAGAGAGAAGGAAUCUGAACGCGUAGCUAUUUAUCUUCUGGUAUGUACUCUUGAGAGAGUUAGUUACAGAGUGAAAACGAAACGAUAUUAUCAAUGCAAAUAUUUAAUUUCGAUAAAAUGUCUAAUACGUAAAAGUAAGGGUGUUUGUUCAAAUGACUAUUGUUUCACACUUCUUAAAGCAUAUUUAUAAAAAAAGAACUUUUAAAAAAGUGAAAGUGAUUGAAAGUAAAAUGGCAGAGAUCAAUGACAAUAAUUCGCUUCCGAAAAGUAUUAAAUUACCCCCAGCAGUUGAAGUAUUUGCUAAUUUAAAAAAUGCACAAAAUUUUGCAAUAGACAUUGGUUUAUCAUUAACAAAAAUAGCUUAUUAUUCAACAGUGAAUUAUAGAAAGGCUCUUUACGAUACUGAUCAAGAUACAGAGAAUGAGGAAGUGACUUAUAAAGUACAUAAAGGAGCAAGACUCCAUUUCGUAAAAUUUGAAACACGUCAUCUUGAAAAUUGUUUAGAUUUUGUAAAGGAAAAUUUAGUAAAUGCUGAAAGAUUCGAAGGAAAAAGUAUUAAAGUCACCGGUGGUGGAGCUUUCAAAUAUUCACAGUCAAUUCAAUCAAAGUUGGGUUUGUUAGUUGAUAAAGAAGAUGAAAUUGGCUGCUUAAUAAAAGGCUGUAAUUUUUUGUUAAAAAAUAUUUCUUGUGAAGCAUUUGAGUUUGAAAGACAUGGAAAUCCUGAGUAUAAAUUUCAGAAAGCUGGUCCCAAUAUUUUCCCUUAUCUUUUAGUAAACAUAGGUAGUGGUGUAAGUGUCUUAAAAGUACAAUCAGAAGAAGAGUUUGAAAGAGUUGGAGGAACUGCAACUGGUGGAGGAACAUUUUGGGGCCUUGGUUCACUCUUAACUAAUUCUAAAGGAUUUGAUGAAUUAUUAGAGUUAGCAGAGAGUGGAGAUCAUCGAACAGUGGAUAUGUUGGUAAAAGACAUUUAUGGAGGUGAUUAUCAUUUCCAAAAUUUAUCUGGUGACUUAAUAGCAUCAUCUUUUGGCAAAGUCUCAUCUUAUAACAGUUUACCGAUGAUGAAGAAUUUUUCUGAAGCGGACAUUGCUCGAAGUUUACUUUUUAUGAUCAGUAAUGAUAUUGGACAAAUAGCUAGUCUCUAUGCUUCAAUUCAUGGUAUGGACAAAGUCUACUUUGGAGGUUAUUUUUUAAGAAACCAUCCAGUUUCAAUGUAUACAAUUUCUUUUUCUAUCAAAUAUUUUUCCAAUGGUAAACUAAAGCCAUUAUUUCUACGUCAUGAAGGUUAUCUAGGGGCUAUUGGUGCUUUUCUUUGUGGUGCAGAGCAAGCAGAUCAGUACAGUUGGUUAGAAAAUUAUGCAGGAUCAUCAGGAUUUAAAGACUCAGUUGCAUCUAAUCUAGGAAUUAAAGUUGAUCAAUUAGAAAUUGAUCAAGCUGAAAAUACUGUUUCUUUUUGUCCUUUAUUAAGUGAUCCCGAAUCAUAUAAUCCUGAUACAACUGAUUUAGCUCAAGAUAAAGAAGCAAGAGAUUAUUGGCUUAAGUGUCUUGAAGGAUCAGUGGAUAAAUUUAUUGCUAGAGCAAUUGAUAGUCAACCACAAAGCCCAACAGCCAAAGAUCGAGCGAAGAAAUUAAAAGAGAAAUAUGUUAAUAGACUGCAUUAUCUUCAUAAUCAACCAUUUGCCUAUGGAACAUUAACUGUAAGAACAUUGUUGGAUACUAUUGAGCAUUGCAUGAAAGAGUUUGAUUUUCCGGAUCCAUAUUUAGAACUGAAGAAAGCUGAAAAUGAAGAAGCGUUAAGUUUUUUAAGAAAACGACUGGAUGAUUUAGAUAAACUGACUGGUUUAGAAAAAAAUAAAGAAUUAGUUGUCGGAGUAUUAGCGGGAAAUAUAUUCGACUGGGGUGCACGAGAAGUAGUAGAUUUAAUGGAAUCAUCAACAUUUAGAUUUGAAGAUGCUAAAGAAAAAAUUCCUGAGAGACCUUGGCUAGAAGAUAACUUGGAUGAAUGGGCUGUCAGAUUAGAGACUGAACCAGCACCUAAAUGUGCCGCAAUAUUUGUAGACAAUAGUGGAGUGGAUAUUGUUUUAGGAAUACUUCCUUUUGCAAGAGAUUUGUUACAAAGAGGAACAAGAGUAAUUUUGUGUGCUAAUUCAAUGCCAGCUUUAAACGAUGUGACUUAUCUUGAGCUUCAAAUAACUUUAAGAGAUGCUGCUAAAAUUUGUGAGAUUAUUAAAAAUGCACUUGAAGACAACAGAUUAAUGGCUAUGGAGACUGCUCAAGCUGGACCUUGUUUAGAUCUUAGUCGAUUAAACCGUGAUCUUUGUUUAGCAAUGAUCAAGUAUAAUGUUGAUCUCGUUGUUAUUGAAGGAAUGGGUAGAACUCUACAUACAAAUUUAUAUGCAAAAUUAAAAUGUGAGUGUUUGAAAUUAGCUGUCAUAAAAAAUCGAUGGCUUGCUCGCAGAUUGGGAGGUGAUAUGUACGCAGUUAUUUGUAAAUAUGAAAAACCAACAAUUUUGACAAAUCAGAUUUUGAAUACAUCUAAAGACAUUCAAGAGAUAAACAAACAUCAAUGCAAAUAAUAUAUCUUUAAUUAAUAAUGAAGAGAGUUGAAUGAGAGUUUGAAAUUUUUUACUCAGCUAUUAUUUUUAAUAAGUAAUAUAUAUAUAUAUAUAUAUAUAUAUAUACAUACAUAUAUAACAUGUGAAUCAAAAUCAUUAUGAAAAGGCUUAAAUAUUGACAGAAGAAUUUCAUACGAUUAUAAAUGCCUUUUUCGUCAUUUUUAUCAAUAAAUUCAAUGAGUUUUAAGUAGGAAAAAAAUGUAACUGUCUUAUGAUUAGAUGGAUAAAUAAUUGGAGUAAUAAUGACUCUAAGAUAUAGUUGCCUUAAGAAAAACAAAAACCAAAGAUAAUAAAAAAAUUUUAAUACAAAACUAAACAAUUUACGAGGUCGAUAAUAAAUCAAUAUUAUAAUAUGAGAAUGAUAAGAAAUUUUUAGUAAAUAUAAGACGGAUUCUCUGUGAUACUAAUUAUAUUAAGUAACAAAAUUUAUUAAUUCACGGAUUUAUCGAGCAAUAUAUAGUUAAAAAAUUUUUUUAUUACUUUAUAGACAGUAUGAAUUCUUAAAAAUAUUGAAAUUUGUUCAUGAAUACGU